CUGGGUACUAUUUCUGAACCUGUUUGGGAUUUAUCGUCUUGGAGAGACCUAGAGCUCUAGGAUGGGAUUUCUGCUGCUCCUGUUAUUGGCCUUCACUUUCAUUCCUCCGGAUCCAGCCCAUGCUCAGCAAUGCUCAGGGGACCCUACUUCACUGAUCCUUCAGUUUGCUGAUGUGGGCGCUGACCAGUGGGUUCCUGCCCACCGACGAGCCCCCGGAUCAUUAGAUCCCCUCUACGAUCUUGUCCAAAGCUACCUUGAUAUGGUUCAGCAGAACCCUCUACCUACAGAUCUGUUGAGGGAUGCCUUGAAUGACCCGCCAUCUGCUAGUACUUCACAGAUCCUCCAGUAUCAAGCAGGAUACAUCGUCUGUGCCACAAUCGCUGUAAUCUAUUUUGUGGCAAUGCCCUUGAUUGGCCUGAGCAUCUGCUGCUGCCGGAGACACAGGCGCUGUGGCGGGCGGGUGAAAGCAUACCGCCGUUCUCUCCUCUGCCAACGCAACCUUCUCAUGUUCAGUCUGCUCCUCACCACUCUUGUCGUCCUGGCUGGUGUUAUCUGCGCUUUCGCUGCCAACCAGAAGGUGAAAGAGGAGACAGAGCCUGGAGCCCGAGAUGCACUGAACACCCUGCAGGCUUUGAGGCACCAUGUGAGCGGGAUAUCUAGUGGAGUUCAGCUGGCUGUGGAGCAGUUUGCAGUUCCUAAAGAACAAAUCAUCAGAGACCUAAACAAUGUCAGCUGGAAUGUCGGCAGCACCAUCCACUUGGUGCUGAAAGGCUCUGUAUAUUCUGCUAUAAAUGCCUUGAAGAGUAGAGCGCAAGACCUACAGAACUCCCUGCACCAUUUACCGAUUCUCAAGAAGACGGUCCAGAGACUGACUCAGUACCAAGAUGAGCUGGAAUCUACACUGAGAGAGCAGAAGCAAAAUAUAGUCUCCCUUCUGGAGGAUUCACGCUGCGCCUACUGUGAUAGUGCCUUGAGCAGGGCUCAGGGUUUGGAAUUGGGUGUGAACUACUAUAACGUACCUUCGGUGGAAAGGGUUUUGAACAAUUUGCAUGGACUUCCAAAGGCAAACUUUUCAGAUAUGAUUUACCAGGCCAAUCACAGCUUCAACUCUUUCCCAGAACGAGUCACGGUGAAGAUGGCUAAUAUUGUUCAAGACCUAAAGAAAGAAAUGGAAAAGGCUACGAAGAAGGUCCAAUCUAUUGCAGAUAGCUUUCCAAUCUCAGAUCAUACCCGUCCCAUAUAUGAUGCUCUGGUAAAGGCAGAGAAUAUGAGCCACACUUACUUCAAGGAGGUGAAGCGUUACGAAAGAUACAGGUGGAUUGCAGGUGUUGUUGCAUGCACUGUAGUCCUACUGAUUGUUAUCUGCAACAUCCUUGGGCUUUCCUUUGGGACUUAUGGGCUGACUGUGCGAGAGGAUCCCAGUGAUUACGAAAGCAGAGGAGAAGCUGGAGCCAAGAUGCUCAUUACUGGGGUCUGCUUCAGCUUCCUGUUCUCCUGGCUGUUGAUUCUCUUGGUCUUUGUCACAUUCUUCAUUGGGGGCAAUGUCCAAACACUGGUGUGCAAGCACUGGGCCAGUCAAGAGAUCUAUGAGUUCAUUGACACACCAGGCAAUCUGCCUCCUUCCAUGAACAUCACUCAACGCCUGGGUCUGAAGAAGGGGCUCAACCUCACAACUGCUUAUCGGCAAUGUAAGAAUGGUGCAGGCCUCUGGGAAAUUCUAGAGCUUGAGGACAGCUACAGCCUUAGUGACCAUCUCAGUGUCACAAAGUACACUGCAGAGUUUCAGAAGCGCCUGGACGAAUUCAGCUUCACCUUUGAAGACAUUCUGUUAAAUGCAGAUGGGAAGCGAGACCUGGAGACCUUCAAGGAGAGUGGGGUUGACCAGAUAGAUUAUGCACGCUUCCAGGCAGAGAUACGCAAACCUGUUGUGAGGACCAAUAUUGAAGGCUUGGCUUCAGACCUUGAGAGACUAAGCAAGGUUCAGAGUGACAGAUCUGUGGCGGAACAGCUGGCUAAAGAAUCACAGAUGCUGCAUAAGAUUCAGAACACCACAGUUGACAUCAUGAAAGAACUUGUGGAAAAUCUGAAAGAAAGUGUCUACUUCUUGUCCACAAUGGCACCAAACCUACAGACUCAAAUAAACGACAUGGAGGCCAAAGUUCGCUUUGUUGAGAACACUCUCCCCAUUGACGUUGAGAAGAUCCUGAGAAAGGAAUUAGCUUGCUUUGUCAGAAAAGAGGUGGGAUACAUCUCCAUGUACCUGAACUGGCUAAGGCAUGUGCUUACAGGGGAUGUUACCUCAUGCCAGCCCCUCGCCACUGGUCUGGACAAUGGCCGGGUGAUCUUGUGUGAUCGCAUUGUGGAUCCCUGGAAUGCCUUCUGGUUCAGCCUGGGUUGUUGCACUUUCUUCCUCAUCCCCAGCAUCUUCUUUGCCAUCAAGACCACCAAGCAUUUGCGUCCCAUCAGGCAUCGAUUGAUUUCUACAGGAUCAGAGGAGACCUAUCCCUUCCACAUUCCACGUGUCACAUCUCUGAAGUUGUAGGAAUUCUCUGCACCAAAAUC